AUGCACUCAGCUGGAGAGCUUGGGCGCACGCCGUCGGCGCCCAGCUCGACGCGUCGACGGCAAUCGAUUGCUUUUCCCUCAGUCGUCGUGGACAAGAAAAAGGUUAUGAUGAUAGGAUUGGAACUGGUAGAAGCGUAGCGUCUGAUUUGAACUUCAUGGUCUUCAGAAGUACUUCUGAUGUAGUGAAUUUAAUCGUCCGUUUUUUCUAGCAGAACCACAAGUCCAUUCACACUCUCUCGACCCUCUCUAAAAAUCUGAACAAUUUCCUUGUGCAAGCGGUGCAAGCUGGGGAUUUGGACCAGAUAACUGCACUCGUUCUCGAAGAUGGUGCCGAUCUGGAGUCGAAGGACAGGCUGGGCCGACCACUCACUGUCGUGGCGAAUCUUUCCUUAAGAUUACAAUACAAUACAAUUAUAAUCUUUUUUUUGUAGUGCGAGCGAGUUCAGAUAAGUCAAAACCUACCUGCGUAAUUUGCAAGCGAGUUCCGAUAAAUCAAAACCUACCUGCGUUUUUUCUCGCACAAAGUUCAGUGUAGUACUCGCUCGCACUACAAAAAAAAAAUAUCAGUGCAGAUUGAAAUUGAAGUUGAAAUGAAGUAGAGCUGUUUAAGUAUCCUUGAACCUUGAACCCUCAAUUCUCUAAUCUGCGAACUUCUCAUGCCUCAUCAAAAGGAUGAUUGCAUGCGCCUGCUGCAGGAGCUGCCGGGCCGCUUGGCAACACAACUGGAGGGGGACACGUUUUCAGGUUUGAAAAUGAAUACCAACGCCACAAAGCAUAAGCAUUGCCAUAGGAAUCGGACAGUGAUAUCCACUUUCGCCGAACAAAUAGAUCGUGGGACGAUGAGCACCACACAGAUGAAACGGAGUGCGAGUGACUUGGCACAGUAAUAUUAUAAAUAGUAUUUUACCACACAGAUGAAACGGAGUGCGAGUGACUUGGCACAGUAAUAAAUAUUUUUUAGAGUACUCGAAAACUGAAAAUAACCGAGUUACUCACUGGAAUAAGGGAGGUAGCUUUGACAGGGCUACUCUUCCUUGUUCCGUAUCUCGCUUAUUUUCAGUAGUCACUCGCUUAUUUCAGUUUUUCGAAUAGUUCUUAUUCUUAUUCAUUGGCACAGGAGCCAGAGCAUCCUUUAUCUUUUUUCGAUUUAUGUCUCGGCGCACCACUGACUCACAUGCAGCUGUUCCAGCACUACAACUAUGUUUUGUUAACAUGCUGUUGCUGAGUGUUAGUGUUAGUCUGAGUACCUCGAAUCACAACCCUUCUUCUGGGCACGCGACACUAGAGAGUCGGGACCCUUCUUCUGACACUAAAAAGUCGAGACCUACUUCUCCAUCAUCAUCGGACCCUACCUCCACGUCCACCACUACCUAGUCUAAUCACGACUACCACUACCUCUAGGCACGCGACACUGAAGAAUCCGGAUCUGUUAAAGAUACCUCAAGAGCAAUACAGGAAAACGCUACCGACGUGGACAAGAGGAGUAGGAGGAGAGCCUACGACGAAUGCGCUGUCUAGGGUACUAGAUUUACAUAAAGCUGCACUAACUUCUGUUGAUAAUUAACAUCCAUUCAUCUUGGUUUGUUUACAACUACGGGUCUAUCUGAUUGUUCGAGGUGGUCAGUGCGGGUGCUUUGGGGCUUACAAGUGAUACCUAGUUGAUGGCGCCAAGAUCAGAAGAGGAGUAUGACCAAUUUUCUUUCCUGAGCCUUUUUUCCGGUUUUGACCUCGUUCCAAUAUUUUCCUGAUGAUCCAUCUAAGCUGAUGCUUCCUUCUAGAAACUGUCCUUAUCAAAUAUCAGAAAAAUAAAUUGAAAUUGUUUUUCACUCACUUCCAGAACCUGUCGUUAUCUUUUUUCACUCUCACACCUAGAAUUACUUCCACAACAAACAGUCUGGCAACCUCCUGUAUUCCGACCCGACGUUGAUUCAAGAGAACGCGGGAGCAUGGGGACAGCUACUUGGAUUAUGGUCAGCUUUUAUCCCUCUCUCUCUCAGCAUCUCGCCACCCUUUUCAUCCCAUGACAAACAAGGGAAGAGGGGCCGAUAUUAAUGGUGGGGGACCCUAACCCUAACCCUAAAAACCCUAAACCCCUAAACACCCGUGGGGGACCGAGAUGAAGAGAGCCGGACUCUAAUCGGAAGCCGAGAGGUCGCCUUGUACUACAUGUCUAGAUCACCCAAUUUGUUGCAAUUGAAUCAGCAAAGGAGGUCAAAAUGCUGGCAAGCGCUACAGGACGUGUUGAAGACGAAACCACUGGUCUUCUGGGUCAUGCAUCAAAGUACUUUUUCUUGUUGUAUCUUUCGAAGUCUUUUUACGGUAUUUGGUAACCUGAAUUUGAUCAUAAGGGAAAACAAGAAGAGAACCCUUAUGAUCAAAUUCAGGUUACCAAAUAAAAGAACCAUACAGGGGGUUCCGCGUUCGUUCGAGAAGUUGUUGGCUUUACGUUCUCAAAAAACCGCGUUGUACCUACGUAGCGGCAGCUUCCAGUUCUGACCCAAUUUAAGUAUGCCUGUAUAAUUAGAGGCUUACUAAUUACUAAUUACUAAUUGAUCUAUUUUCAGUAAUCACUAAUUACUGAAGAUUAUAGAUCAUUAGCAUUACCUUCUUCAGGUUGCGUCCCCCAACGCUUAUAGAAGUCCAGAAAUCUUGAUGACAUUCUUCAGGUUGCGUCCCCCAACGCUUAGAAGUACUCGGUCGAAGUACCUACGGGUCGUCUUUUCAGGGGACUUAUUCUCGUAUUGACGGAUGCCGGAUUAACGACAAAGUGGUCUACGUGAAGGACGAAAUCAUUCCGCCAAAACCGAAGAUUGGUGCACCAGGGGGACCUGCUGGAACAGAACAGCCGAGUAUUAUGACGAAACUCGAUUGCUCAUACUCACUGUAAAAGUCAAUGCAUGAGUUAUCAUCACUAGAGUGGUGAGAGAAUCAUGCUCGUUCCUCCCUCGACACGUUCUUGCUCAACUACCAGAAAAUCAGGGACUUCGACGGACAACUUGUUUACUUUCAUGCUCAGUGUAAAAGUCAAUGCAGUGUAAAAGUCGAUACAGACGGGGACAACAAGUGGCAAAGUGCUACAACUAGUGCUAUACGAAGAUGAUGAUAGAUUAUGCAGCCGCGAGCUUUCAUUUGCGCAGACACUAAUACCAACAUGAUCAUAGCAUCUUAAUCUUUUUCUUUUCUAAACUUCAUCUUAUCGUAGAAGUACAACUAGAUGAUAGUUAGAGUUGAUGUUGCUAAGGCAUGCCUCUACUACCUUCACUUGCUUCUAAUCUCCGCGGCUCCUCAUCCCCAGGAAAGAAGAAGAAGCAAAGUCCAGACGCCGCACCAGAGAUUAAGAUACCGUCGACUGUGAUGUACCUGCUUCUUGACGAGCAACAGAAAUGGCAAAUUACACCUACAAGAGAGCCAGUAUCGAAGAUACCGCUGAAACGUGUAGAGCCAACGGUGAUCAGGGAUUUGGGCAAGGUAAGUAGUCUUUCCCAUUGCCCAAUAUAGUAGUCUUUCUAUUCUUACGUCUUCAAAAACAGCAAUAUCAUGUUGAUUGUGGCAGUAGACUCUCUGUGUCAUGAUCAUCUUCGUCAAUUUUGAUUUUCCAAAAACCACCUAGCAGGUAGACAGUAGAGCAAUCUUAGAUCCGAGUCAGCUGUAUGUCGAGCACUAUCCAUGGGAGUUGCGACAGGGUGGCGGAAAAUUCGCCGAAGAUCGAAAACUGAAAGUUCUUCCUUUGGGUGAAGGGAAGCACUUUACAGCAAGUCCAUUGUUUUAUUAUGGAUAGGAAUCAAUCAUGGGAUGGGUGGAGAAAGAAUCUAUAUUCCAUGAUCAUGAAGUAAUCCUGUAAUCCUUUAUUUUUACACAACUACAUCCGUGAUGAUAGACAUAGAGUUAGACGAGAAGAGCAAGGAAAACUAGAGGUGCGUUCCGCCGAGAUGAAAAGGUUGCGGUCGUAUUCCAUACAUGUGCUUUAUCCUCUCUCUCACAAAGCGAAAACGAAAUGCAGUUGGAACUUAAUUACUACUAGUCUUAUAGACUGAUACCCUACGGUCGUCACGAAAGGCGACAUCAGGGCAACAAACAUGACUUCUAACGUUCUUUGACACCGGAGCUGAUCCGAUGCAGCUAUGGCAUUUUGAAAGAGAUGCUGGGUCCGCUGUGGGUGGUGAAUGACAGAACGAUACCACAAUAUGAAGUUUGUCCGGAUCUGCGAAAGAAAGAUUUAGCUUUAAGGCUUCCCGUUGGCCGCGUAGCUCAUCUUGAGAAGCAUCUUUGACAACACGUCGCACGGGGGAAGACGUCAAAGAUGAGUUUGAAGAUGGAUCCACUGAAGCUUCAAUGAGGUUCACAGAAGAGGAUAGCGAAGCGGGUGAGAUGCUUGCGUUCAAAAAGUUGGGAGCAUUUAGUGGAGCUAAGAGUAUUCUCUUUUGCAUGACCGCUACAGGUUUGAUGAGAUAUCUUCUUUGCUAGCUCUGCUGGUAGAAUACUACAUCCACAGGUUUUUUUGUGACAGUCCAGGUCAUCGGAAUCGAAUCAUUCAGUAUACUGAGUAAUAUUUAUAGGAUCUAUUUUUACGACUUCUUCAAACACAAAGGAACCCACUUUCAUCACAACAGAUUUCAUAUACCUGCGAGCAAACUACUAGCAAAACAAAGAAAUCUCUCCUCAACAGAUUUCAUCUACCUGCGACCGAACCAAUAUCGCCCUGACGGCCUGCCUCUCGAAGAAACUGUGUGUGAGAUGGUAUUGUGGGAUCCGGUGACAGUCUACCUCCUCUUUUUUAAGGGCGCUUCCCCUAUAAUAAAGGAUGACGACCAAGACCAUCUUGAAGGAUGAAGAAUCUCGAAGCUGUCCACCUCCUAAAGGGAGAGGAAGAGGUAUCGAGAUGCGUCUCAAAAUCGAGAGGGGUUAGGAGCAUCAAGAUGCGUCUCAAAAUCGAUAGCCGUUAGGAGCAUCAAGAUGCGUCUCAACCUUGUACCAUGCAUAACAAGGUGAGCUCUAACUUUUUCCGCACCGGUUUAGCCGAGGAAGAUCAGCUGACGACAGAGGUGCCGUGGCUAGCCGAGUGGACCGAAGAACUUGGAAUGAUGCUGCCACGAGUAGACCAAUGGAAAGGAGGCCGAUUUCGUGUCUUCACAAAGUCUUUUCCGAGAGGGACGGCGAGUACUACUGUAGUUAUAGAUACUAAGAAGAUGAACAAUUCGACUUGUGAAUUUGAACCUGCAGUACUCCAUCUACUACGACCACUAGAAGUCUACAUUAUAGCAUAGGUCUUUCUUGUACGACUACGACAAUCUAUCACAUCAUCCCUGGAACAUCACAACAGAGAUCCCCGGCAGUGGUUUGGGCGUUCGGCCACCGCUAAUAUACGGUCGCACAGGAGCAUAUGGAUACAGCGUGCCACUUAGUCGCGGUCUGUUUUAAGGCUAUUCGAAAACUCAAAAUAUAUAUUUAUUUAACCGAGUUACUGACUGAAAUAAGGGAGGUAGCUUAACAUCAACAAGGCUACUCUUCCUUCCCAUCAGUAUCUCGCUCAUUCUGGUCAGUUACUUGCUAGUCCAUUUUUAUCUCCUACUGUGAGUUAUAAUUAUCCUCAGUGAAGUCCCUGUCCCCUUACAGUUUGCUAGGAGGAGCCACUGACUUAAGAAUUAAAACUAACGAAACACAAACACUACCUCGUCCUCGUCUAACUCUUAGUAAACUACUCUCAGAAAUUAGGAGAUCCGGCAUUCUGCAUAACGGACCCAAGCUAUGACCCUGUAGCGAUUGCAGCCAGAGACCAAGAACUAGAGGAUAAUCCGGAGGAGCCGCCAGCAUUAGAGUUAUGUUCUUAACUAUAGUAUACGAUUAUAAGCAUCCAGAUGCAUUAGAGCAGUUCUUAUGUUCCCUGUAUCUAUCGUAUAAGUAAGUUGUUGCUAAAACUAAGUAGGUUGAAGUCAGAGUAGAGCAAGUUUAGAAAUGCCAUUCAGGGUUAGGGUUUAGGGUAGUUAUCAUGAAGAUUGUUCAGGAUCCUCCUAUGUAUGAUGAAGAUGAACCCCAACAAAAUAUCUCGGAAAUUCAAUACACGAUGAAGAGGAGCAGAAGACUGCGAUGGCUGAAUGGCAGGCUCGACAGGUGGAACAUCUGCAUCCCGGCGACUACCAACUUUUGAUGUUGGGCAGCUUCGAUGCAUUCAACGAUUACACGUACCUGCAUUAUGACGUGCUGGGAUGUUGUAUCUACUUCCUGAUGUGUGGGUAAAAUCAAAAGAAUUAGAAUUGCCAUCACCUUCGCUUCACGUGUUGGUAAGAAGUGGGAGUUGAAACAAACCGUUCCAGUACGAAGGCUUCCUCUAAUUACAACUUGUAUACGAGGAUGUAGCGAAUACAGAGAGUGGCACCGACGUUUCGCAGUUCACGUUGCAGGUGGCAAAACCAGUAACCGUUUUUCUCUGCUACAUGACCGAGAAGAUUAUGUCAUGAAAUUGAUAAUAUCUUUCUAGGCUCCUCGUGCUUCUCGCAGGACUUACUGGAACUACAACUCCGAUUGUAUGAUCGAUUUCAGUAUGCCUCAGCCUGCUCUACUUCUAAGAAAAUUCCUGAAGACGUGCGAGUAUGGCAUGUGACAGAAAGGUGGAAGAGCGAUGAACGAUUGAAGCCGCCAAUCAUCCGCAAUCGGAAAACAAGACACGAUCACCAGGCUGUGCUCAUCAAAACGAAAGAUUUCCCGAUAAGGCUUGGAAGAUGCGGUUAGUUGACUGAGUCAGAUAUGCUAUGUAGUAAAAAAAUUAUGCCCAAUCCUCGGCUUAAACUACAGCUGAUGUACUGCAUUUGCAUUAAGUAACAUACAUUAGUAGCUCAUUAGUUAAUGCAGCUUAACAUUAGUAUCUCAUGAGUAACUUAACAUUGUGAUAUUCGACUAAUCUAUCACUUUUAGUUAAUGCAGCUGCGAUAAACGACAUAAUAUCGAUGUACUGCAUUUGCAUUAUGUAGUAACCUGCCCGCACUCCUCUUUGACGAGAAACGAAACCGCGUCAACGUCAGCACUUCUACAAGCUUUUCUUCUAAUCCACGCCGGCGAGAUCAAGAUCAAGAGUAGUCAGGGUGCUCUGCUAGUGGCAUUCUUCAAGCCGAUUCCAGCUAGAAACGCGGAGGAAGAUGAUGUGGAUUUACGGCUGAUAAUAGUUCAUCUUCACAGAUUAGUUACUCGUCUACUCAGUCGGGUAGAAGUCCUUUUUGGAACCUGAGAGUAGAACUCAUCGCAGGCUGACUGUAUGAAUAUAGCAGGGCAGUUUAUAGCACGCAUCGAGUAGCAUGGAGUGCAUGGAGCGCAGAGCUUUAAGGAGCGCAAGAAGCUCCCCCUUUAGCUCCAUGCUACUCCAUGUGAUCCAUGCACUCCAUGCCAUGCGAGCUGUGAAACCUUAUAAAUUGCUCUGAUAUAAAACAACUCAUCUGCUUCAGCACAGAUUGAUUAGUUACUUGCGUCAGUGUCCUUCUUAUAAGUUACUUUUGUCAGCUGCAAGACGAGAAGAAUUGGAACCUGUUAGAAGUUGUAGAACUCAUCUCAGUGGCUGCUCCUGACAGUACUAUCAAUAUAGAAGACCAGAUCUUCAUGAGUCCUAGCACAAUGAGAAGUCCUAGCACCGUCUAACGGAUCCGGCGAAACGUGAAUUGACUACGCGCCCUACACUCUUCAGCAGCUACGAGAAAGUAUACGAGCUCUUUAAUCGCCUUAGGGAAGAAUUCGGCGAUGAUGCGGCAAGAAGGUAUUCAUAACUCUUGACCACUAAACUCGUUGUGGUAGGUUUUAAUGAAAAUGUGACACCCCAAAUGACGCAUCGCAGGGACGAGUUAUAUUCAAUUAAUUAUUUUUUGCAAUUUUGCUCAGUAGGGGUCGUCGGACCACUGCCAGCACUACAAUUUCGGUAGCUUUUCAAGAAGAUGUAGCACACCAAUUGAGUCGUGGUUGGAGGCUGUCCAGUUUUUCAGUUUUUCUCUGUUGGGUUUGUCGGACCUGUGCAGAGAACCAGGAAGCCAUGAAGAUCAGAGGUGAGAGCAUCUCUAACCUAUCGUACGCACAAACGGCAAUCAGUCAGAUCACUGUGAAAAUCAACAAUGCCUGACAUGAUACGUUCUGUGAAUUAACCACACCAUUCAUGUUCUUGACGACAAACAUCUACUUAGCAAGGUAUCUGCAGCGUUCGGAAAUAACGACCGGUUAUCAGCUCUCUGGUCAAUGGAUAUCUCGGCUCGGCAGAGUCAACACUUGGGUCAGGGAGUUGAAAUUAAGGUCAGCUUUUAGCCAUCUUUCUCAGCAUCUCGAAGAUGCCCUUUUGUUCCCUUGGAUUUUUUCAUGGGAAACAAAGGGGCCAACAUGAAGAGAGGACCGAGAAAAAAACAAAAUGCUGACUCUAAUGAAGCUUGAACAUAUAGAGGAGUUCCGAAUACUGGCGAGAGAAGAGGUGGAGCGCGCUUGUGAGAGAUUUCCGGAGAUACUGAGGGCAACCGGUCCUCAUCUAACUGUAUGGGUUCUUGGUUGUACAACAACUUAAACUUUGUUAUCCCUCUAGGCACGAAUUUGAUUGUGAAUUGAUAAUAGAUUUCUUUGUGCUUACAUUGAAUGUUUUUCUUCUAGUGCCACCUGUACUAGUACUAUACUAUAGGUACAAAAAUCAUCACUCCUUCUACCUCCUAGUAGGAGGUUUGAUUAUAUAACUGAGACCCUCAUCUAGCUAGGUAGAUGAGUGAAUGAAUGAAUGAAUCUACUUCUACUUCCUGAACAGAAAUAGAUUUUUAAGACAGACAUAUAGCACCCAGACGGACCCUCGUCUUCUAAAAACAGCUGCUUUUCAAGCCAUGGUGCAGGAGGACGUCUUUGGGGGACACAAGCAAUUGCGUUCGGCGCUACAGAAGAGCCCACCGCUCUUACAGGUGGAGGCAAGGGUAAUCAAGCGAGCAAACCAUCUGAUCAUUAAGACUCUAUUUAUGUUUGAAGUGUCAUCAACACGGACUGUGACUGUGUGUAUGGGCAAUGGGAGAGCACAAGGCUAGUAGCUGUACCAAUCGUCCUUUCAUCCCUAGUAUACUAUAUUCCGACUCAAUGUUCUUCUUCUAAGACAAAAAAGUAUGUGUGUGAGUCUUCCGUUUCCUUUCCAUGCCAGAAUAUGAUUAGUUUGAGUCUUCCUUAUAGCGACUGCUCUUCUACUGUUUCUAAGACCGAAGACGUGUUUGAAGAGGAGUCGUCAGUGCUAUUUGAGGCUCAUCCAGACCUCCUGCAAUUGGGCGAUGCAAUCGAGACGCUCUUUAACAAGCUGUAUUAUGAAUGGUUAGAACAAAAAAAAGUGAGUGUGAGUCUGGUAGAAUGUGUCUGCAUACAACUGUAUGAAUUAUGUGAUAGAUUUCGAUGUUGUAGGUCUCAUCUUCGUUUUUAGGCGCUGCUAGUGCUAUACCUUAGGCUAGUUUUCGAUUUUUGUAGUUGCUUAACGUCAACGGCUCUAUACCUUCGUUCUAUUUUUCAUCUCAUGUAGUUGGCUAUUCGCAACAUAAGUACAUGACAUUAGAAACCUCAUCCGCAUUCUCCCUCCGACCCCUACAUCAGCUGCUCCCUCUAUAUUGCCUCCUUUCUCUACAUUUUCCCCUUCUCGCCCUGCAUCUGCCUCUCCUUCAUUCUCCCGCUAUGUUUCCGCUCGAGUUCGUUCGCCACCGACUGAAGCAGAGCGUGAAGGAAAGCAACCUGUGGCAGCAGUGGUACAAGAUGUUGAGACGCUCAAACGCAGAGCAGGACGAAUGUUAAGGCUAGACAUUCACUAUCUUGUGUGAGGUAUCGAUCCUGACUGGCGUUCACCUUGAUUUAAAGGGGGGAGGAAGCAACUCAACUGGCUCAAUCACAGAUAGUGAGAGUCUAGCGCUAAAAAUGGAUUGGUAGGCUACAGCCUUACGAAGACCAAAAAGCGGUGCAGUCACAAACUGGCAAGAUGAAAUGGUAGGACAGGAGAUACAAGGAAAAUUUUGCCAACGUUGUGGUCCUUCGCACUACCUAGCAGGUGUAGAUAUUAUGACCGUGGUCGGGCUUUUUCAGAAUACAAGCGACUCCAUUCUUGAGUUGCAUUUCGAUAUUCAACAUCGGACUUACAGCUACAGAGGUCUUUUUUGCUCGUAUCUAUAAUUUCGACUAAAAUUAGAUGGAGGCUUCGACGAGUCUCUACAUAAACAAGGAGGUUUUUAGGACAGCAUCAGGACUAAUUCGACUUAUUCUUACACGCUAUCACUAUUUUAUGAUUUUUACUUACUUGAUUUCAUACAAUGUAUGCCAUGUUAGUGGUGGCGCUCGCGGCCGCAACUUCAUCUUGAACAGGUUUAUCAGUUUUGCAGACGAAAUCACAUAAAAUGCUCGUAGUUAAUGAAACACAGGCUCUGACUGAGACUCUGUCUUGUCACAAUUUGAUAGCCUUCUGCCAAUGUCAUUCUCAUUAUUUUUGUGAUGAGUAUGAGCUGCUCUGUAAAUGUUACUACAGUUGGAGGUUUGUGAGUUGUUCGUUUUAAUACAUGCACGUCCACCAGGAACGCAAACGACGGGAUUUUUGACUUAGAACUUAGCUGAAGAACAAGUGGCAAACUACAAAAGGACCUAAAACGAUAUCAUGCGCCUCUCGCUUUCGCUUACUUCCCUUCGGAUUCGUCUUGUCAUUUUCAUAAUGAGUCAUUCCAUUCUGUAUAAUAUCAUGCUAAAUAUUAGUAUGGAUCACCACCAAAGGCCAUGAGCUUUCUCAACAUCCCAGAGAAUAGAGUUGGAAUAGCGUAAGUACACGGUUUUCGAUUGUCAUAUUGGUUUUUGAUCACGAUAGAACUAACUGCUAGAAGACCAUGAUUCACUCUUAAGAAACCCUUGUAGCCACAUAUACGGAAGAUGCAAGACAAGGUCUGCUGAUAUGGCGUGGGCUCUUCUGAUUACCCAUUUGCACAGAGAUGUGAGUACUAAAACACGCAUGUUGUAGUGUCAAAACGCAGAUGUGGUUGUUGACGACAUUUCCUUGCGAGAUCGUGACUGUUAGGAAAAAAUCAAAGCACCACCACCACCUUUCGUAUGAUACACUCAACGUCGUCAGCCUGUUGCAGGAGAAGAAAGGCACCUCUAAUAUACACUCAACACGCCUUAGGAUCGGCUGGCCAUCUUCAUGGUCCACAAU